AAUCUCAGGAAUUGUUAAUCUGCUUUGUCCUAUUGGAUGGCGCAUCUAAACUUAAAACGACCAAGACUUUGAGAAACUCCCAGCAUUCGCAUGCGGAGAUUACAGAAGAUGACAAGAACUUAUGAGAAAGAAGAAUCAGGUUUCCCCAUAUGGGACUGUGGGAGUCCAUUAUAUGAUUCUUAUGAAUUGGUGUCUCUCACUCAUCUGAUAGAGAGACACAUGAUGGCUUUACCAUCUCCUGGAGGAUCAAGGCAGAUCAACAGAGAGUUUUGUGAUGCAGCGGAUUUGAGAUCUUCAGGGAAGGCUGGAGGUUCUUCCGUGGCGAAUAGAGUCGGUGGGUUUUUGGUGAAUUGGGUGUGGAAGAGGAAGAGGAAGAAGGAAAAGCACAGGAAAGUGAGAACCGGGUUUUCUGGGAUCUGUGACACGAUUGCUUGGUGGAAGAAAUAGGAAGGAAUGAUGCAACUCUUUCUCAUUUUUCAUUUCGGAUCUAUUAUAUCUUGUGUUUUGUUGUGGUUUGUUACUUAGUGUAUUACUGUUUAUUGAAGCACAAUCACUGUUUGUAGCUAUCGAGCUUCUAUGUAAGCACCAAA